UCUUUGCGAGUGGCGCUUGUGUUUACAGGCAGACUGCAGACCGAAGCGAGGCAAGGAGACAGACACUGCGCCGGGUAAAUCUCGUCUGGCGACGCUCUGUGACCUGCUGUCUACCGACUGAGGACCAUUAUUUAUAUGUACCCACACCCGAGGCGGUGUUAAAGGACGUGUAAAAGCAUAUACCUGGUGGUGUAGUCGUACAGGAGGAUGAAUUGCAGCCACAACAACAACGCGGUGAGUCCGUGCGUGAUGAGCGGCUGAAGGAGGAGGAGGAGGAAGAAGGAGGAAGGAGGAGAGGUAGACUGCGGUCUCCUACAAACACACACGCUACUAGGCUGAUUUUUUUCCCCCCCUCUCUCCAAACAAUCUCGCCUUCUUCAGGCAACAGGACUGUUUUUUGACAUGUAAUCCAAGUUUUCAAGGGAAGAUUUGACUCCGGAUGAUACAAACGCCAGCACCAGCGGGACGUUAUGCGCCCCCACCCCACGCCGCCACCACUACGACAUGGAGCGUGAAGAUGCGGAUUACACAGGAAUCCCCGUUGCUCCCCGUUGAGUCAUAUCGGUCCCGUCGCCUUCACCUACGCGGUGUGCCUGUCGCCGGCGUUUAAGAGCAAUGUGAAGAGAUUUACACCGGGGCGAGUGUGUAAACGCUGAUUUUCCGAACGGGCUUUCGUCACUGCUAGCUCGUGGCUGCUAGCCCAUUAGCUCCAUUAGCCGGCUAGCGGCUAAAAGGCGCAGGCUGAACAUUUAACAGGCUUCUUCCCUUCCUCACACGUCACCCAGAAAUAACCCUGAGAGUUUGUUACACGGACUGACGGACGCCACCCUCCUCAACCCCCUUACGCCCCCUCGACGCGCGUAUUUAUUUACAGGUUUUCGGCCGAGGAUUGACGUCUCCGGGAAUGAGGGCUCGAAUGGAAAGGAGCCGUUUGACCUUGUUUUGGGGUCUGAUGCUGGCCGUGUUGUCCUGCCUCCGGCCCGCCGCAGCAGAGAUUUGCGGACCAAGCAUUGACAUCGGCAAUGACAUCAGCGAAUUCCGGCGUCUGGAGAACUGCACGGUGGUGGAGGGCUACUUGCAGAUCCUCCUCAUUGGCGACAAGAAUAACAAUCAGGAGAUCUUCCGCUCGCUCAGCUUCCCCAACCUGACUGUGAUCACAGACUACCUGUUGCUUUUCCGGGUCUCCGGCCUGGACAGCCUGAGCACACUGUUCCCCAACCUGGCCGUGAUCCGUGGCCGCAACCUCUUCUACAACUACGCCCUGGUCAUCUUCGAAAUGACCAGCCUGAAGGAUAUCGGUCUGUACAACCUCCGUAACAUCACCCGCGGCGCUAUCCGCAUCGAGAAGAACCCGGAGCUGUGCUACCUGGAUUCUGUGGACUGGUCGCUCAUCAUGGACGCAGAGUUCAACAACUUCAUUGCCGGAAACAAGCAGUCCAAAGAGUGCAGCGACGUGUGCCCGGGCAUCAUGGAGAACAACCCGCAAUGUCGCAAGACAAUGUUCAACAACAACUACAGCUUCCGCUGCUGGAACUCCAACUAUUGCCAGAAAGAGUGCCCGGACAAGUGUGGACGACAAGCGUGCACGGUGAGCGGCGACUGCUGCCACGCACAGUGCCUGGGCAGCUGUAGCAUGGCAGGCAGCGACACCUCCUGCGCCGCCUGCAUGCACUACUACCACCAGGGCCGCUGCGUGGCCGACUGUCCCCCCGGCACCUAUAAAUUCGAGGGUUGGCGCUGUGUCAGCAUUGAGUUGUGCUCCAGAGUCCACCUGCCCGACUUUGACAGCUUCGUCAUCCACAAGGGCGAGUGUAUGUCCGAGUGCCCCUUCGGGUACACGCGCACCGCCCCCAACAGCAUGUCCUGCACCGCUUGUGAUGGCCUGUGCGAUAAAGUGUGUGAGGAGAAGGUCAUUGACUCCAUGGACGCUGCACAGUCCCUGAAAGGCUGUACGGUUAUCAAAGGCAAUUUGCAAAUCAACAUCCGCAGAGGCCACAACAUGGUGGCUGAGCUGGAGAGUUUCACGGGUUUGAUCCAGAGGGUGACUGGCUACGUGCGCAUAAGACACUCUCACACACUCAGCUCACUGGCCUUCCUACGCAGCCUGCGAUACAUCGAUGGCGAGGAACUCCUGGACGACAUGUACGCCUUCUCAGCGUUCGACAACCAGCAGCUGCAGUACCUGUGGGACUGGAAGCAACACAACCUCACCAUCAGAAGCGGGAAGCUGUUCUUCCGGGCCAACCCCAAGCUCUGCGUGUCGGAGAUCCAGAAGAUGUGGGAGCAGACGGGCAUUCCAGGGCGCUUCGACGAAAGUGACUUUCGCAACAACGGCGACCGAGCCAGCUGCGAAAGCACCAUCCUGCAGUUCAAGUCCAACACCACUAGCAGCACCAGGAUCAAGCUGACCUGGCAGCGCUACCGCCCCCGAGACUACAGAGACCUCAUCAGCUUUAUCGUUUACUACAAAGAGGCGCCGUACCAGAACAUCACCGAGUUCGAGGGGCAGGACGGCUGUGGCUCCAACAGCUGGAACAUGGUGGAUGUGGAGCUUCACCAGGAUAAGGACACAGAUCCUGGCGUUCUGCUGUCUGGCCUGAAGCCUUGGACGCAGUACGCUGUCUUUGUCAAGGCCAUCACGCUCAUGGUAGACGACAAGCAGGUUCCCAGUGCCAAAAGCAAGGUGGUGUACAUCCGAACCAGUCCCUCAGCGCCCUCCAUGCCUCAGGAUGUGCGUGCCUACUCCAACUCCUCCACCCAGCUGGUGGUGCGCUGGCUUCCCCCAGUGUCCCCAAACGGCAAUCAAACGUACUACCUGGUGCGCUGGCAGCAGCAGGCUGAAGACCGAGAACUGUAUCAGCACAACUACUGCUCCAAAGAGUUGAAGAUCCCUGUAAGGAUGGCAGCGAUCGGGGUGGGGGACCAGGAGGAUGACACCAAGCCUACAAAGUCGGACCCCGAUGGCUCCGACAAGGGCCCCUGCUGCCCCUGCCCCAAAUCGGUGGAGGACCUGGAGGCGGAGGCCGCGGACGCCUCCUACCGGAAAGUCUUUGAGAACUUUCUCCACAACUCCAUCUUUACACCCAGGCCACCGGAUCGUCGGCGUCGAGAUCUAUUCAGCAUCGCCAACGCCACCCACUCCCGACGCGAGCGCCAGCCUCACUCUAACACCAGCACCACCCCUCCCCUGCAAGCUUCUGCCAACAGCAGCAGCGUUGACCCAGAGAUGUCAGAGCGCGAGUUCGAAUUCAUGGAGCAGGCAGUGACUGAGCGUGAGCUGCAGAUCUUGGGUUUGCAGCCGUUCACAGUGUACCGCAUCGAUGUACACGCCUGUAAUCGGGAGGUGCAGCGCUGCAGCGCCGCUGAGUUUGUCUUCUCCAGAACCAAACCGGCAGAAAAGGCAGAUGACAUUCCUGGUCCGGUGUCUUGGGAGGGCCAAGAAGACUCUGUGGUACUGCACUGGCCUGAGCCGUCUCACCCCAACGGCCUCAUCCUCAUGUAUGAGAUGAAGUUCAAACUGGGUGCAGAGACUGAAAAGCAUGAGUGCGUGUCGGGUCAGAUGUAUCGGGCACAGCGUGGUGUCCAUCUGUCCAACCUGAGUCCAGGCAACUACUCGGUGAGGGUCAGAGCGACGUCAUUGGCAGGGAACGGAUCCUGGACACGACCGUUAGAUCUAUAUGUGGCUGAACGAUAUGAACACUUCCUCUACGCCAUCGUAUUUGCCCCCAUCUUUAUCAUCAUGAUCAUCUGCUUCCUGGUCGGCGCACUCUUCGCCCUGAGCAGGAAAAGGAACAGCGAUCGACUUGGAAAUGGAGUACUGUAUGCGUCUGUCAACCCCGAAUACUUCAGUGCAGCUGAAAUGUACGUGCCAGACGAGUGGGAGGUGGCGCGAGAGAAGAUCUCCCUGAGCCGCGAGCUGGGCCAGGGUUCAUUCGGCAUGGUGUAUGAGGGGAUCGCUAAGGGCGUUGUGAAGGACGAACCGGAGACACAAGUCGCUAUCAAGACGGUAAAUGAGUCGGCCAGCAUGAGGGAGCGCAUCGAGUUCCUCAACGAAGCGUCCGUCAUGAAGGAGUUCAAUUGUCACCAUGUGGUGCGUCUCCUUGGGGUGGUGUCUCAGGGCCAGCCCACCCUGGUAAUUAUGGAGCUGAUGACACGAGGAGACCUCAAGAGCUACUUGCGCUCCCUCCGACCUAAAGAGCAACAGUGGUCCAGUUUGUCCCUGCCGCCCCUGAGGAUAAUGCUUCAGAUGGCAGGCCAGAUUGCAGAUGGCAUGGCAUACCUCAAUGCCAGCAAGUUUGUGCACCGAGACCUUGCGGCGCGUAACUGCAUGGUGGCCGAGGACUUUACCGUCAAGAUAGGAGACUUCGGCAUGACCCGAGACAUCUAUGAAACGGACUACUACCGCAAAGGCGGAAAGGGCUUGCUUCCCGUCCGGUGGAUGUCACCUGAGUCGCUGAAGGACGGCGUUUUCACCACCAAUUCCGAUGUCUGGUCAUUCGGGGUGGUCUUGUGGGAGAUAGCCACACUGGCAGAGCAGCCCUACCAGGGACUAUCCAAUGAGCAGGUGCUGCGCUUCGUCAUGGAAGGAGGCUUGCUGGAGAAACCGCAUAACUGUCCUGACAUGCUGUUUGAGCUGAUGCGCAUGUGCUGGCAGUACAACCCCAAGAUGCGUCCAUCCUUCGUGGACAUCAUCGGCAGCAUGAAGGACGAGCUGGAGCAGUCCUUCUGCGAGGUCAGUUUUUUCUACAGUGCUGAUAACAAGCUGGCAGACGGUCCGGCUCCGCUGCCACACCCGCACCAACCACACCCCGACAACAUGGACGGCAUCCCGUUAGACACGCCACUGCAGAUGCCACCCUCACCCAGCUCCCACCUUCCACCCGGGCCAUCGCUAGCCCCCGGCUCGCCAACACGGCCCUGCACGGACAAGGAGCCCGUUGGGCACCAAUCAGCUAACGGGUUGACGUCAUCAACAUCAUCAUCUUCUGCGAAUGUGGCGGUGGGGGCAGGGGCACCGCCUAACGGGACCAGCUCAGUGGCCGCCAUGCAGGCAUCCCUGGACGAGCUUCCGCCCUAUGCCCACAUGAACGGGGGACGCAAAAACCAGCGUGCCAUGCCCCUCCCUCAGUCGUCUGCCUGCUGAUUGGACGGAGCAAAGACUCAUGGGAAGUCAAACACCUAUUCUGCUGUACUGCUACCCUUUUUUGUUGCUGCUGUUGUACCGGACGCAACACUGCCCCCUUGCUGCCGAAAAAAAACACUACGGAGAGAGUAGCUUGUUUUAUAAAUGCUUUGUUACAUUUUUUUUUUUUUUUUUUUUAAGAGUGUCCUUCGGGGAGGAUUUCGGUCCAUAUUGGGGCGGGCAUUAUGGAAGCAUACUUAACGGGAAAAGAAGCACUUAAAGAGAGGGAGGUCCUCGAUGUAUGGAUGUAACGGUUGGUACAGUAAGGACGUAAAAGGGUGCAAAAAAACAACAAGAAAACUCCAUUUUGAUACUUUGGUUUCCAUUUUGAUACUCUAUUUUGUUUUCCAUAUCAAAAUCUGAGCCACUAAUCGUCGCAAAGUGCUGCGAAUCAAUGUCAAAACACUACAACCAUGACUUUUCUUUCUUUUUUUUUUUUUUUCUAUUGAGCAUUUACAAUACAAAAAAUGUCAGGAAAAAUAGUGAAAAACUGCACGAAAAAUGACACAAAAUGAUGCGAAUAGUACAUACAAAAAACGGCAAAAAUUGAAGCGGAAAAAAAAAACAGCUUUAGAUACUCCUCCAACAUUGUGCUCGUUGGUACGAUAAAAAGGCUUGAAAACAUUUAAAAAAAUGGUGGGAUACUUUCUGUACUGCGCCAAGGGAGGUCCUCCAUGUUGCUCCCUUUGUGCUCAUUGGUACGAUAACAGCGAAAAUUGCACGUAAGCAUCCACAAAAAAAGAGAAAACUAGUUUUUGAUACUCUGGACUCCAUUUUGAGUCUUCAUUUUGUCUCAGUGAAAAAUGAAGACUCAAAAAAAAUUUAGGCUCAAAUCUGAGCCUCAAAUUGUUGCUGCAAAGUGCGGCAAAUUGACGUCAAACAUCAUGACUUUGUUGCUAGUUUUAAAGAGCAUUAAAUGAGGAUCCAUUUUUGGGCAGGCGUUACGGAUACUUACGGGAGAAUAAGCUGUUAAAGAGGGAGGUCCUCUAUGUUGCCGGGCAUUGUGCUGGUUGGUACGAUAACGGUCCGAAAAAUGGUGAAAAACAACGUGCCAAAACAACAUUUUGAUACUGCGGUCCCAAUUUUGAUGCUCCAUUUAGUCUUAACAUUAAAAUCUGACGAUAAUUCAUCACAAAGUGCUGCGAAUCGACGUCAAAAGACUCACUCUCACUCAUUAACAUGAGCACAACUUUUUCUCAGUCGUUUUCAAGAGCAUUUAUGCAAAGAGGGAGGUCCAGCAUUGUGCUCAUUGGUACGUCAACAAUGAAAAGCGGUGUGAACACCUACAAAUAAUAGCAAAAAAUGAUGUGAAAAGACAUUUUUACACUCUGCUGAGGGACCUCCUCCAUGUUGCCACCAUUAUGGUGUUUGGUACGAUAAUGAAAAAAAUGGCACAAAAACCUACAUUUUGUUCUCAGUGUUGCCAUUAUUGUGUUCAUUGGUACAAUAAUGAUGUAUUGCUGCAAAAACAAACAAAAAUUGCAGUAAAAAAGCAUUUUGAUACACCAUUUUGUCUCUACAUCAAAGUUUGAGCCAUACAUUUUUGGAAAGUGGUGCAUUGUACUGCGAUUCCAUGUCAAAAAACUCCUAAAGUAAGUCUUGGUCAUGUGAUUAAGGUUUUUUUGUUUAGUUUUCAGUAGGAUUUAUACCAGUUUUUGUUUUUUUGCUUGUUGGUUUCAAUAACAACAAAGAAGAACAUGAAAAUGAAAAACUGGGCAAAAGCCUACAAAAACAACAUUUUGAUAUUGCGGUCUCCAUUUUGUUACGCCAUUUUGUCUCAACUUCGAAAUCUGAGCCACAAAUUGUCAUGGUGGUUUUAUUAAGGGUUUUUUCCCCCCAAUGGUUUUCAAUAGCAUUUAUGCCAGUUGUUUGUUUGGGUGUGACUUUUUCAACCUUCUUAUUUGGUCCCCAUGUUCAUCUUGUACAGAGAAAAAAGACUAGCUGCUAUUUUUCUUCUCUUGUGGUUGUAAUAUAAAUGGUGUGUGUGUGUGUAUAAAAAAAAUAAAUAUAUAUAUAUAUAUAUAUAUAUAUAUAUAUAUAUAUAUAUAUAUAUAUAUAAUGUGUGUGUGUGUGUGUGAAUCUAUGAGUAUAUAAGAGACCUUCAGGUUGAAUUCAUGAGCGUUUUCACUCCAGUUAGCCAUGUUUUUUUGGUUUGUCUAUUUUAUUUUUUGUGUUACUGAGCUGGUUUCAAAGAAUUAUGCCUGAUAUUGUGUUGAGAAAAGAGUCCCAAGUUAAAUCUCAGGGUUUUUCUUCCAUUUUAGGAUUUCAUUACAAUUGUUAGCUGCACUGCGCUCGAUUUUCGCCACAAUAUCACAGUAUAUGUCCUCUCUCAUUUUUAGGUAGCCUCUGCAGUCGUUCCCAUGCUCGUAGUCACGUGUUGUGGUCCAAUUUCUAUAUCACAAAAUGGUCACCAACCAUCAGUUAAAUUCACUGUUUGUGGUCUUCUGGUUUUUAGGUAACUGUCGCGCUAUCUUCUAUACUUUCCAAAUUUUACUAAUCACAUAAAAUGGAUGUUAAAGGUUCAUCACUAAAUGUACUAGCUUUCAGCUAACAGCCGCACGCAAUUGACAUUCCCAAAUCUUAAUAAUAACCUAAAAUGGACAUUAAUGGGUUUUUUUUCCCCGUUUGUUGUCUUUGUUUUCAGAUAGUGCAACUGUCUCCAAUGCCGGCUUUGUUUUUCUGACUCAAAAAACACUACAUUGUUGACACACUAUUUUUUUUUUCCACCAACCAUCAGUUGAAAUAACUUAAACUGUCUUAGUCUCUUGUUUUCAACUAGCCACUGCACUAGCUGCAGUGCUGCAGUGCUAGCUAAUAAACUGGCUGCCGAGCUAGCUGGCGUGUAUUCCUGACCUACAUAUUUGAGCCAGCCUCUUAUUUUUUUCCAACUUAAAGCAUUUUAUUCCUUUCAAAUAGACGUUUAUUGUUUUUGUUUUUUUACAACAAAUUACAUAUUUCAUCCUUGUUAUGUCCCAGACACUAUAUAUAGCUUGUGAGCUAGCUAAUGCUAACAAAUGGCACAUGCCACAAAAUGCCUUUUUAUUUAUUAAUUAUUAUUAUUAUUAUUUUUUUUUUAAACGUAACAUUUUCAGCUUGCGUCCAAGCUUAUGCCUUUCUCAAAUCAUGACGGCUAGCUCACUAAUGCUAACAAAUGAGAGUACACAUCAAGAAUAGCACUACAAAAUAGCAGCAUACAGUUUAGGAAUUGUAAUCAUCCCAAAAUGGAACAUACAUUUUUUUUAAGCACAGUACACUUCACUUUUUUAUUUUAUUUUUUUAUUUUUUUUUCGCGAGCGUCCAAGGCGCAGAUAGCUUCUGUAGUAGCUGACCACGUUUAGUUUAGCUGGCUAGCUAGCUAAAGCUAAUGAAGACAUUAAGUCAUGAUGCACCCCUAUCAAUUUCAAAUAAAUCUCACAACAAAAUGGCGGCGGAGUACAGUACAUGGAUGCUAAUCAAUGCUAUUUGGAGGGACAUGGGUUGCAGUUAGUGGAAACGACUAAUGUUUCUGUUCCCUGGUAAAGUAAAUGGCUGAAUUAAUUUAUUUGUAACAUUUAUUGAAGAAAUAAUGACCAGCCCAGUUGUUUGUGUUUUUGUGUAUGUAAAUCACUGUACAGAAAUAGCUGGAGACUUUUUCUAUUUGUUUUGAUACAUUUUUGAGGGUUUUUUGCUACUUUUGGGGGACGGGAGAAGUUUUUUUUUUUUUUUCUCUCUCUCUCUCUCUCUCUCUCUCUCUCUCUCUCUCGUUCAUCCAUCUACCUCACUGUUGUUGUUUGUUUUGGUUUUUUUAUUCUGAUUAUUAUUAUUAUUAUGAUGCUUUAGCUUUACUUUAAUUUCACCAUUACAAACCGAACAGCAACACAGAAACAUAGUUACCUUUUUGAUGACAGCGCGGAUAAUUGACCAAUCAGAAUGCAGGAAGUGAACCUUGGGUCCGAGACUGUGAUUCUAAACUGUAGGAGGCGCUGUUGUACUGUUGUACCGUCUACGGAAGAUGUAGCUGGAUGGAAAUGGUCAAUAUUUCUGAUCGUUCAAUAAAAAGAGUAUUAGCACCACAGCAAAAAGUAAUAAGUCAUUAGAGAAAAUGAACACAGCAUAUAGAAGGGGAGGAUACGCUGUAACAUUACAUAGGAAAAAGGCAUUACGUUACUAGAAAAAAAAGCCAAAAUAUUAUGAGAAAAGUCGCUAUAUUGUGAAAAUAACAUUGAAAUAUUUGCUAUUAAAGCUAAUAUAAUCAAGAAAAGUCGAGUUACAAGAAAAAAAGUCUUGACUACUAAAUAAAAAUAAAAGUAGUCGGAAUAUUAGCAGAAAUAAGAAAAAAAUCCAAAGUUCGAAUUAUACAUUUAUAGAUGGUAAUAUUAUAUCUUCUUUUUCAUAAAAUAACUACACUUUCCUCAAAUUCCGACUGCAGCGCUUUUGUAAUAUUCUAGUUUUUUUUUUACAUUUUCAUGAUAUGACUCUCUCUUAAUAUUUUGUUAUUCUUCAAAUUUCUGAUUUUUUUUGGGGGGGGCGUCAUAAUAUUUUGACUCUCCUCUGACAACUUAAGUUGUAGCAUUAUAGAAACUAAUUCUUUUACAAUUAUGACUUUUUUUUGUAGCAUCACAGCAAUGAACAGCUCUGGUCAUGAAAAAGACUUCUCCGGAUAAUACAAAUGUAUUUUAAAUUUUGUUAUUUAACUUUAUUGUAACAUGACUACUUUAUUCUUGUCAUAUUAAGUUGUUUUUUUUCACCAAAUAUUUUAUUUCCACAAUGCUACUUGUUGUAAUAAUUUGACGUACUGUGGUAAAAUUAUGAUUUUUCUUGUAAUCUCCAACCUAAAACAUUGUUGAAUUGAAAUUGACUUUUUGUCUCAUAAUAUUUUGACUUUAUUCUGACAUUAGCUAUGACUUAAUGACUUUCCUAAUUUGACUUUUUUCAUGUAAAUUAGUUCUUUUUUUUCUCGCCCCUUACAAUGUGGCCCAAAUACACUACAGGCAUCAUGACAUAUCAGCAAAAGGGAGAAAAGAGGAUGUUAUUUGUGAAAUUGUAAAAUAAUGCAAUACAUCUCAACAUUUUUCUUCUGCCCAUGUUUCUGUUGCUGAUUGCAAAAAAAAAAAAAAAAAAAAAAAAAAAAAAACCUAUAACAGUCUCAAAUCUUCGCACAUUAAUGAGUAUGUGGAGGCACAUUUGUAUUCAACUGUACACAUUUGAAGCACGUUUUAAUGUCUUUACGACACAAUGUUGAGACUGAGUGUGUAUUUGGUGGCGGAUAUUUAGUUCUCCCCGGGGAGACAUUAACGUUAACAGAGGCCUUUGUGACAGAGUGGACCACAUCGCGUUUGGUUCGGUCGCUUGUUCAAAGAUGAAAAACAAUAGAAUACUGGCUUUAUGGCCAUUUUGACUUGUUGCCAUGGUGAUCACCAGGUACAGCUGGUUCUUUGGUUUAAAUGCAGUAGAAACAUAGCUAUAUGGGAUCCGAUGGGGUUUUUUUUGUUUGUUUGUUUUUUACUAGUGGAUGGCCUCGAGAAUUUUUUUUUAAAUUAUUAUUUUGACCUUUUCUUGCAUCCAUGGCCGAUAUAGUUUUGUACAUUUUUCCAAUAGCCUUCCAUCAAAACGUUAGACGGAGGUUUCAUUUUGAGUUUUUUCCCUAUUUUGUUUUGUACAUGUUUUCACAUAUAUUCCAGAGGGUUGAAAAUGUGAUGUUUUCAAAUUUAUUCCAGAGGGUGGAAAAUUAUUGGCUGAAGGAAAAAGAGAAUGUCUGUUUCUCUGGUUCUUGUUUUUUU